AUGGGACAAUUCUACUUAUUUAUAGCUCUAAUAGUCUUCUUGUCUCAAUCUUCCGUACUAAAUGCCCAAGUAUGUAACGGAUAUGCCGAACUCUGCGGGAGAUCCUACGCCAGCGUCGGAUUUCCAGGAACACACAAUCCUUUCUCAUAUACACCAAUACCUGAUCCGGCACAGAAUCAAUUCUCUUCAGUUGCUGACCAACUUCAAGCUGGAAUCCGCUCAUUAAUGCUUGACGGGCAUAAUCCGCCGAAAUACAGUAGCAACCCAAACGGUAUUCACUUGUGUCAUACAAGCUGUGCCUUGUUGAAUGCUGGCGACUCUGUAAAAACCUUAAAAGUUAUUGCCGAUUUUUUGAUCAAAAAUCCAACCGAAAUUAUAACAAUAAUUUGGGAGAAUUACGAUGGUCUUCCUUCCAGUAAGUACCAGGCGGCCUACCAGGCCGCAG